AUGGCAGAGGAAUUGAAAAAGAAACUCAUUAAUUGUAUUGAGGAACUACCCCAAAAACAGGGAUUGUUAGAAGAACUUCAGCAGCAAUGCAUUACACUGCAGCUCUCCAAGCAAGAACUGCUUUCGGAGAUUGAGAGUUUAAAGAUGGAGGUGAGCAACCUGCAAGCCCAGCUGGAUCUGACCAAUAAAGCUUUGCACAAAUGCGAAGAGAUGUUCAAAGAAGCCACAGAAUCAGCUGUGAAACACCAGCUGAGCCUUAAAGUCACUACUCGCUGCGGGGAAAAGAUGAAGGAAGAGGCUAUCCGGCUACAUGUUAGAGGAGUUAUUGGUUUUAUGCUUUAUAGUCAAAUGCGAACUCUUGAAAAAGAAUAUAAGGAUGUAGAGAGAAAAUCAAAUGAAACUCUUUCUAUUGGGAAGAAAAACAAUCUUGUCAUUGAGAAUAAAGAUAUGACUAUCAAGCAAUGCAGAGAGAAAGAACACAUGUUGACAGCUCAAAUCACAGCUUUGAGUAGUGAAAUUAAAACUUUGAAGCUAAACGAGAGUACAAAUAAGCCAGUUGAACAAACCUAUGUGAGAGAUAUCAUGAAAGAGUGGCAAAAUUCAACAAAUGAAAUGAGUAUGAGGAUAAAAAACUACGAGAGGGAAUCAGAAGUCCUUCAUCAAUCUUUGGACACGGCCCUCAAAGAUAUGUUAAAACUUCAACGGUUUGAAGAAGUAGCAAACAAUAAAGUAAGAGAUUUGGAGGCUCGCCUGCAAGAUGUGAUGAACAGAGACAGCAAAAGAUGUACAGACUGUAGUGUACAGACAGAUCUGACAUCAGCUAUAGAUGUGGGCUGUCAGGCUGACAAGGUAGAGGUUAGCAGCACUGCUACCCAAACCGACUAUGUGGACCAACAGAUCAAAGAUAAAGAUGAUUCAAAGGCGAUACCAGAGAAAAAGACCAGCAUCAGCGAUUUAAAUAUUCCUGUUUCAUCCUUUUCUACUACUCUAUCAACUCCAAGUUUCAAGUAUUCCAGUAGCUCUGUCAGCCAGCUGAUAUCCAGGUACCAGAAGGAGAAGGCAAGACAAGAGUCUGAGGAAGCUGAGUUGAUGCUGUCUCAGUCACAAGACAUCAGUGUUCUCCCCACACAGCUCAACUUGAAUCUACCCAAAUAAAUAAACUGAAGACCACCUAAGUUGUGAGGGAAAUCCGAUAUAAUGGUGUUUGUUUUGUUAACUUUUUUGGU